AAAAGGCUGCCACCUUCGCGAAGUUCGGGGCUGAGUGGGAAUAUAUCAAAAAGUUUAUUUUUGCCUGCUUUCUGAGACAAACUUGUGCAUUUUCCCAACGCGUGUGAACCCUACAAUGUUUUGGACAGUCAUUCCCGAAAUAUAAAUAACAUAUACCUAAGUGACGCGCCCAACAGUUUACGAGUAAACAGUUCACUUUUGCGUAUCAUCAAAUUAUAACACAAUGAAAGUAACAAUUUCCACGUUAAACGACGAAAUUUUCGUCUUAGAUGUGUCCGAAGAUUUGGAACUAGAAAAUUUUAAGGCUUUCUGUGAAAUAGAGUCAGGUUUUCCUGCGUCUCGAAUCACUCUAACUUUUAACGGGAAGCCUAUGGUGAACGACAAAAAGUCACUGAAGGAGUUUGGUGUUCACGAUGGGGACGUGAUAGUGAUGCUUCGCAUGGUCUCCCGGUCAGACUCUUCACUCAGAGUCAACGAUGCUAAUCAAGCUCUACCAACUGGCUUAGCAAAUCUUGACUUCAGUAGUAUACAUGUGCCGCAAGAAUCCCCCAGCACCUCUAUGGCUAGAAACGUGGAAGAGGAUCCCCGCAUCAUAAGGGAAAUGUUCCUGGCCAAUCCUGACCAACUUGCUUUGCUUAAACAAAACAACCCAAGACUAGCUGAUGCCUUAUUAAGUGGCAACCUUGAUUCAUUUGCAUCAGUCCUCCGAGAACAAAUAUCAGCUCGGACAGAACGGCAACAGCAACGUAUAAGAAUGAUGAAUUCGGACCCCUUCGACACAGAAGCGCAGAGGAUGAUCGCAGAGGAGAUCCGACAGAAGAACAUAGAAGCAAAUAUGGAAGCAGCUAUGGAGUAUAAUCCGGAAACAUUCGGGACUGUUGUCAUGCUGUAUAUCAACUGUCAUGUGAACGGGUUUCCCGUGAAAGCGUUCAUUGAUUCUGGCGCCCAAACUACCAUCAUGUCUGCAGCAUGCGCCGAGAGAUGCAACAUCAUGAGGCUGGUCGACACCAGAUGGGCGGGUAUAGCCAAAGGGGUCGGCGUCCAAAGGAUCAUAGGGCGUAUACACAUGGUACAAAUGCGGAUUGAAAAGGACUUCCUGACCACCUCCUUCUCGGUCCUAGAGGAACAGCCCAUGGAUAUGUUGCUGGGGCUUGAUAUGUUGAAGAGACAUCAGUGCAACAUAGACUUGAAACGGAAUUUGCUCCGCAUCGGCACCACAGGCACCGAGACGCCAUUCUUGCCGGAAUCCGAGCUGCCCGACUGCGCCAGACUCUCCGGUUUCUCCGAGGACGAGCUGGUCAACCAAUCUGUGAGAGAUCACGAGGAGCGGCAGGUCAAGGAAGCGUUGGAGAAGUCGAAACAAGGGACACAGGGGCCUGCGAAUCGCCCACCGGCGGCCGUAGCCGCAGCAGCAGCGGCAACAGCAAGAGCGGCAGUAGCAGCAAGAGCGGCAGCAGGAGCAGCUCCAAUAGGCAAACCAGCACCAUUAACAGAACUGCCUCUAAAAACUGGAGAACCGCCAAUAGCUAGAGCAACGCUGACAGCUUGUGCAACGUCUACAGCCGGAAAAAUGCCAACAGCUGGAACAACGCAGACAGCUGGAACAAAGCCAACCGCUGGAACAACCCCAACAUCUGGAACAACGCCGAAAUCUGGAACAACGCCAACAGCUGGAUCACCGCCAACAGCUAGAGCAAAGCCAUCAGCCGGAGCACCACCAUCAGCUCGGGCAAAGCCAACAGCUGGUGCAAAUCAAAAAGCAGCUGGAGGCGGCCCCAAUGCUUCUCAGGGACCACAGUCAGGCCACCACUCUAGUCAUAGAAAGGGUUUCCCUGACCCCAGCGUGACAAUUUUGCCGUCUGAUAGGUUUACCGAAACAGAGGUGGAAGAAAUUGUAUCUCUCGGCUUCACCAGAGAACAGGUGAUCGUCGAACUGAGGCGGUUCAACGGCGACAAGACAGCGGCUACUGUGGCUCUUUUCGCCAAAUCACUCAAAUUUUAGUACACCGGAUCACCGCCAGGAAAGCAUGCACCGAAUUUCUCGCCACUCAGUAUUGCUUUAGAAUUUAGACGAUAAUCCCCGUUACAUUUUACCCUAUCUAACAUUUACGUGGUCCCACUUUCUUUUUUUCUCUUUUUUAUUGCAAAUAUUCUUGUAUAUUUUAUACAGGGUUAAAAAAAAAUUAAAGAAAGCUCUCCGCCGCUAGUUGUUUACAUCAAAACUAACAACUUUUGUUCUACGACUUUUUUUAAUUCGACAGUUUGUCAUAUGUUCAAUAUUUUACUUAGAUACUCUACUUGUCACUACUCUGUGAUGUAACAUCGGCGCGAAGAACUACUCUAUCGUGCGGUCACUGACCCGACUACGCGACUCUGUCGAAUCACAUGUA